CCCUUUGGCCCUUGUGUUCAGCUCCAAACUGCUCUGCUGUUCCAGCAUCGUGUCCGCGCCAUGAGCGCUUGCGAGGGCAAGGGCGGCGGCGAAGCCAAGGAGGGAUGGACGCCGGUGCAAUACCUCUGGAAGUCCAGAAUCCCUCUCAUUGCUGCGCCGGUGCUGCUGGCCCUUCAACACACUGAGCGUCAUGUUGAGACAGAGUUCGCCUUCGAGCUGCCCUUGCUGCUUUUCUUGGCCCUGGGAACAGGCUACUUGCGCUUACCAUUUUCCAUUACCUGGUGGCUGGUCUUGCUGGCUGCCUUUGCGCUUCAGACCAGGUUCCUCUUGGGGGUCGCCACCGUGCUGUCCUUGUCGGUGCUCAUCACUUGGUACGGCUUGCGCCUCCGCCACGCUGCGGCCAUCAGUGCGCUUUGGGCAGGAGUUCCGGUGUCGCCGGGGAGCAGAAGAGCGUGGCAAGUCUGGGACCUUUGUGUUCACUUCGGGCCGGCGGUGGCCGUACUCUUUCGCCAUGGGCCCAGCUUAGGCCUGCUAGAAGCACCUCACCCAGGUUUAGUGACCCCUGGCUGUGCACUGGCCGCGCUGCCCAUGUCGCUGCUGUGGCUGGCCGGGCUGCGCUUGAGCUGGGGAAGUGGCUGUGACCUGGCUCUCAGUCGCCACGCCUACCGGACCUCCGUGGAGCUUCCGAAGGAGGC